CUGAAUAUGGAGCAAAUCAAGAUGGAAAACAACGGUCAUCCGCAGAAAAGGAGACGUUACCAAAAGGACUCUUCAUCGACAGAUGAUAUUGUUACAACGUUAAUACAUUUGGUGCGACAGAAUCCCGUUCUGUACAAUUAUAAAUUGCAACCGAAUCAACGCAGGCGUAGCGAUAUAUUAAACGGAUGGGCCCAAAUAGCAGCGGCCAUUGGAAAUCGUUACUCAGUGGAGGAAUGUCGACGAAAAUGGAAAAAUCUACGCGAUACCUAUCAUCAGUAUCGUUUGAGAAAAUCCAAAAUCGGUGAUGGCCUAUCGAAGUGGCGCUAUGCCAAAGAUAUGGAAUUUCUAUCGAAUGUUUAUCAGCCAAAAUUGAAAUCAAAUCGUACACAAAGUUUCAAUGCAACCACAACAACUACAACGGCGACUUCGACAAACUCAUCGCAAGAUAAUCUCUUGCAUAGUGUAUCGGAGAGUAACGAUGAACACGACGAUCAUCAGGUUCAAGUGCAUCAGGAUAUGGUACAUUCAAGUAUUAUUUCGGUAAAUGAUACUGACACGUUUAUACUAACCACCUAUGAGGAUGUGACACACGAUAACGACGUGAGUCACGAAGAUCAUCACAAUAUAUCACACAGUGAAUUGAAUCAUGACAAUAAUAGCAUGGAGAAUUGUGUCGAAAUUGUUAAACAUGAACAGCACACGAAUUUAGAUGACGAUGGCAAUACCGCGGCCGAGGUGGACUAUGAGGAAGUGUGUUUGUACGAAGAAUCGGGUAAUACGCCUAGCGUCGAUUGUGAAACAAUCAUUGGUGCACCCGUCACAAAUUCCACCAAUUCGGAUGAUACGAAAUUUCAGUAUAUCGAUACGAAUGAGUUUUGUAUUGGUUCCAUGAAUCCGACACGUUCACAAUAUUCGAGUAGUGCCAGUAGUGUCAUUGGAGCAUCUGGUACAAUCAAAUUGAAAAGUUUACCCAUGGUAAGUGCUACGUCGUCGUCGUCGGGACAAAUGGUCCCAGUGUCAUCGAAUACAACACUGGAGUCGACGGCAACAUGUGUAACAAUACCCGCAGCAAUACAGCAUAUGGAACAACUGCCGGAAUUGACACCGGUUGUAACACCGACAUCUACACCGAAACCAACAACAGCAACGACAUCGGCAAAUGUUCUGGGGAAAGUUGAAACGAAUACGCUAUUGGGUACUACUACGGCAACAAAUUCGACGACAAUUGCUCAGCCAAGCCACACCAAUCAAAAUCAUCAAACACAUCAACAACACCAGCAGCAGCAUCAUCUGCAUCAUCCUUCCACAUAUUCUAGUAAUUCAAAUAACAGCAACAACAACACCAACAAUAGUAUGGGAACAAUUUCAAUUGCAACUACCACCUUGGCGGGAUCAAAUUGUAUGGUAGCCGAUUAUUGUAAUCAUCAGCGGGAGGAAUGUGAUUUAUUUUUUGAUUUCCUGAAGAAGAAAAUCCAACGUUUCCCCCCCGAAGAGAUAACUUCGAUACAAGUGGAGUUUCUGAAUUGUGUUUUGCGCAGGGAAGCUGAACAUGCACAGAAAGCUGCCGCUUUAAUAGGUAUAAAAAAUAAUAGUAGUGUAUUAUAA